AUCCUUUGUCAAAAAUGAUUUUUUAUUUGUGCUGAUGUUAAAAUUUAAGAUCGCGGCUUCUGACUGAUUAACCCCACAUUCUUGAGCAAUCAGUUUCAAUACCAACAUGAUAGAAUGCACAUAUAAAUAUAAGCAAUAAUAUCAUUUCUCUUAAAUAAGUUCUUUUACUUUCAAACCAUGACACGCUUAUCCCAAAGUGUUAUCAUUCUUGCUACUUUAUGUGCAUCCGCUUUAGCUGCAGUCGAACCUGGUUGUGAUAAGAGUCUUAAGGUUCUCAACCAAGUAGACUUGGACGGCAUCAAGCACUGCAAAGAUUUCCAAGGUACCAUUACCAUCGAAAACAUGGGCCCUGCUGCUUCCCUCAACAUGGAAGGUGUUGAACAUCUGACGGGUGAUUUGCUCAUGUCUGGCAACCUUGAGCUCGGCGCUUUUAGUGCUCCCAAUUUAAAGACGGUCGAUGGUCAGAUCAAGAUUGAAAACCACACCAUCCUUUCAAAGGCAGACUUCCCUCAGUUGACUGAAGUCAAAGGUCUUACCUUCUCUGUCCUGCCUGCUCUUGAAACGAUCAAUUUCCCUGCUGGAUUGACUAAAGUCAGCAACAUGCGUAUUGAGGAUACACGAGCACCUAAAGUAGAUGGAUUCAAGCCAGAGAAUAUUGGCAACUUUGUCUUGACAAAUAAUAAUUAUAUGAAAUCAUUUGAUUUUUCCUCAGUCAAGCAAGCUGAUGAACUCUUAAUUGUUGGAAAUAACCAUGACAUGACCUUUGAUGCUCCCAACUUGGCCGCUAUCAGAACGGCUACCAUCCUAAACUUGGCUCAAAUUCAGUUACCUGCCUUGACCACUAUCCAUUCUGACAUUUCAUUCCAUGAGAAUGAAUUCUCUUCUCUCCACAUGGACUCACUUCAAACUAUCGGUGGCACCUUUACCAUUGCUAACAACAACAAGUUGACUGAAACUUCUUUCAAAAACCUCUCUCUCAUCAAUGGUGCUCUUUCUAUUGGUAAUAAUACUCAACUCCUUGCUGUCGACGGAUUCCCUAGUUUGGCAGCCAUUCAUGGUACCUGUGACUUGGCCGGUAACUUUGAACAAUACAAAUUGCCUUCCCUUCAGGACAUUCGUGGUGGUAUGCGUAUCCAGACUACUUCAUCUAAGCUUACAUGUGCUGAUCUUGAACGUGUGCUCAAGGGAGGUAAUAUCGUCAAGGGCACGACCUGGAGUUGUGCUGCUAGCAUGCAAGAGGAUCAAAUGGUCCCCACGGUGGGUCAGAACCCUGCUAAUAGUAAUGGUAACACUGCCAAAAUCAACUUGGGCAAAGAUGAUCCCAAGACCACGAAAGGCAACAAGAACGGUAAUCAAGUCAACCAAAAGGAAAACGCAAGCGCAACGAGUGCUGCUUCUGCCGCUGGUCAUACUUCUCUUGGAUUUGUCGCUGUUGCUGCUUUAGCUUACUUUGUCCUUUAGAAACAAACCUUUCUCUUUCUCUCUCUCUCAAGUAAUAAAUACGAUUUACAAAUACUAAUAAUGUACACACG